AACAUGUAUCAAAAAUUCACAUUAAUACUCUUCAUAUCACACAGCACACACACAUAUAAAACUCUUGACCUUUGUCUAAUAACAACUUUGGAGUAAGCAUAAAUUAAAAUUUCCUGAUUCUGUUUUUAUGGCUGAGGAGUUUCAAGCGACGGCAGCAAUUUGCGGCAGCGGAGGCGGCGCGUGGUGGAACUCGCCAAGGAGCGUUAUGUCCCCUUCGGAUCAUCUCUUGUCGCCUUGUUUCGGACAGCGAGAGGCUGAUUCCGACAGUGGAGGAAGCACCGUGAGUAUUGACUCGACGUUGCAAAUGAUGGGUCUAGGGUUUUCCUCAAACUCUUCUUCAGACUGGAACCAAACCGUUUUACAAGAAGACUUAAACUCAAGCUUCAGAAGCUCACAAGAUCACUAUCAUGGCCAAGGAUUCUUAUCUACAACUAGUUCACCUUAUCUUCUUAAUCCAGCUUGUUCUUCAUCUUCGUCACCUUCUCCUCCUUCCUCGAGCUUGUUACAAACCUUUUACGAUCCGGAACCGAGUCAGUACAGGUUCCUUUCUACCACUAGCUGUUCAAUCAACAAUCCUCAGCUCUCUUGGGCUAGUAGUAAGACAAGUCCUCAUCAUCAAGCUGCUUAUGGAAUAAUUAACAACUUCUCUAACAGCACAAACUCUCGACCCUUUUGGAGUUCUUCAUCAACCACUAACUUAAACAACACGCCGCAUAACAGUUUUGUAACCACUUCGCAGAUAAUACCUACUCGUCUUGAGGACAAAACUAAGAAUCAGAAGACUAAAGGCCAGAGCGAGUCUUUGAAGAGAGCAAAGGAUAAUGAUUCCGCGUCGAAGAAACAGAGAAUUAGCACGCCUUCACCAUUGCCAACUUUUAAGGUGAGAAAAGAGAAUCUAAGGGACCAGAUUACUUCAUUACAACAGCUAGUUUCACCUUUCGGAAAGACAGAUACUGCAUCUGUUCUCCAAGAAUCCAUAGAGUACAUCAAGUUCCUUCAUGAUCAAGUCACUGUUCUAAGCACUCCAUACAUGAAACAAGGUGCUUCCGUCCAACAACAACAUCAGAAAUCUGGUAAGAGUCAAGAUGGAAACGAGAAUCUAGAACUAAGAGCACACGGUCUGUGUCUCGUUCCCAUAUCAAGCACUUUUCCGGUGGCUAAUGAAACAACCGCCGACUUCUGGACACCAACGUUUGGGGGCAACAGUUUCAGGUAUAGUAGAUGAACGUAUAUUAAACGGUUCUUUAUUAGCAUCAAGAUACUCAUUAAUAUUGGUUAAAAUAAUAAUUAUAAAGAAGGAAAAUAAAAUUCGUACGUCAUGAUCAAAGAUUGAAUUAUUACUUGGAAAAAAGUAGAGAUAGUAGAAAAAAGAUGACUCUUCAAAGGUAGGCAGAGGCAACAAUGGUGUUGGAGGGGACCAACUACAAAAGAAAGAAUGAUUUACGACUUAGAAAUAUAGGUUUACCCAUUAUACAUUUUUUUCCUAUUAUACAUUAAUAGACUCUAUGUUAGAAAAAAAGAUAUAUAACUAACAAAGCUGAAUUUGUUUUUU